AUGACCCGCGCCUCUGUUUUAGCUGAUGCUUUAAACUCAAUCAACAACGCCGAAAAAACUGGUAAGCGCCAAGUUUUGAUUAGACCUUCCUCCAAGGUCAUCAUCAAAUUCUUGCAAGUCAUGCAAAAGCACGGCUACAUUGGCGAAUUUGAAUACAUCGAUGAUCACAGAUCUGGUAAGAUUGUCGUUCAACUGAACGGUAGAUUAAACAAGUGUGGCGUGAUUUCUCCAAGGUUCAACAUUAAGUUUAACGAUAUCGAAAAGUGGACUGAAAACUUGCUACCUGCCAGACAAUUUGGUUACGUUAUUUUGACCACCUCCGCUGGAAUUAUGGACCACGAGGAAGCCAGAAGAAAGCACGUUGCUGGUAAAAUUUUGGGUUUCGUUUACUAA